AGUACAUUAUGAAGCAUGCGAAAAUCCUUGCUAAUAUAAAUCACCUUUGAGCUUGUCCUGCCUUUCUCUCUACUUCCCAACUCCACCAACUCAACGCCAAAACACCAAGCUGCAGGCGCAGUCGAUUUUACAUUUGACUUUACCCUCUUUGCCUCUGGCUUUGCAAUAUAACAAUCGCCGAUUGCACAUAUGAUGAAUGACAAUCGUAUCCUAGCAUACAGAUCCGUAAAGGAUCUCCGUAACCACACUAGCGUGGAGAAUCUACAACCCGGAUUGUCUGAACAGGUGUAUCAACAUCCACGACGUAAAUCGACAGGGGAUCAUUCGCCCCCUUUUAAUGAGGCUUUGCAAUCUACAAAUCUAGCUUACAAUUCCAGGAAUCAAGCCAGUGACAAUGGCCGAAACGAUCGCAUCAGCAACCCUCACAUCAGAUUUAAUGAUAUCAACGACACCAAUGCCAGAUCCUUUAAUUAUAAUAGUGGUAUCAAUUAUAGCAAAGGCAGAAGAAGCACCAGGUCACAAAAUCAACAACAGAAGCGCCUUUCUUCAUUUUCAAAUACAAAAUACAACCAGCCUCUACACUCUUCAUUAGGCAACAACUUCAGCCAGCCACUCAACUUUCCCAGUCAAACUUUUCCGCGUCCACCACGGGCACCAAGAAGAAGCUCGAACGAUAGCGCUGUUAUUUUCAAUCCUACAUACUACAAACCCCCUAUAUCGCCUUUUCCUUAUGACGAGUUGCUAACAUAUGAUCCAAACUCAUUGAACUUGUUUACACCCUCUUACGGCGCACAAAACUUUGUCUACCACCACACUACUGGCAUCCUUGUCGAUGACAUGGACCAGAGCUGCAAAAACGAGAUGAUCCCCUCUGACCACCACCAAGAUAGGCACUUGAGCUUCUCGAGCCCUUCAAACAGCUAUCAUUUACUACAGUCCAGCCAAACAGCUAUGUUGCAGCCCUCUACCUCAAUGGAAGAGUGCUUUCUGUACCAAAAUCCAUUCGUAGCAGCCUGGGGCAACUAUCCCCAUAACGCUCCGUGGGCACCUCAAUGGAUGCCAAAUGUAGGCCAGUAUGACUUGGAAUUAAAUACACCAAAGCCAGCUCCAGAGAUAUCAUCACAAACAGUAGAUACCAGCCCGUGCGCUGACCAGGGUAAUUCGGUAGAUAUUGCUUUUACCUGAUUAAAGAAAGAUUCCUUCGAUUACUUACCUAUUAAUAUCUUUAUAUAG